AGUUCUGCAAUGCCACCAGUUUAUUGUAUACAAUCUGGCACCUCCCCACGGAAGAGUCCAAGUACAGUGGGAACUAUUGAAUCUUCACAUCCACUGAAUCCAAAUUAUCAAUUAAAUCAUCAAGCCGGAAUAUCUCAGCAUUUUCAGAACAUGGAUAGAAAGAUCAAAGAUGCCACCGAUCAGGCACAUAACACACUGGGGUCCACAUUGGAGGAUCGGGGACACAUGUCUUCUGCCACAGAUCAGAGUGCAAAUAGCAGUUUCUGUAAUGGCCCCUCCCCUCAGCAGAGUCCGGGUACAGUGGGAACUAUCGAAUCUUCACCUCCACUGCAUCCAAAUUAUCAAUUAAACCAUCAAGCCGGAAUGUCUCAGCAUUUUCAGAACAUGGAUGGAAAGAUCAAUGAUGCCACCGAUCAGGUACAUAACAAACUGGGGCCCACAUUGGAGGAUCGGGGACACAUGUCUUUGGGCACAGAUCAGAGUGCAAAUAGCAGUUUCUGUAAUGGUCCAGGCCACCUUCACAGCAUGGAUUCAGGAAGCAAUGGCAGAAUGAAUGCAAUUUCAAUUGUUAAGGCCACGUCAGAAUGUGGCAAUGAAGAAGGGUUUAUUGUCCAUGAGGGAACCUCUCAUCGAUCAGUACAAAGAGAAGUGGCUCUAACAAAAUUCCGUUUGAAGAGGAAAGAUAGAUGCUUUGAGAAGAAGGUGCGAUAUGAGAGCAGAAAAAAGCUUGCUGAGCAGCGUCCACGGGUGAAAGGACAGUUUGUUCGACAACUGCCCAAUGAUCCUCAGCCAGGUGAUUCGUCUUCUGGUUAGCUAUUAUGAACAGAAGGUCGUCUCCAAGACGGGGAAAAUACCAAACUAGUUUUAGCAUAAGUAACGGAACUGAUUGCUUUACAUUUGGGUUGGCUUCCAAUCUUGAGCUUCAAGUUCAAGUAACAAAUCAAAAAACGAAGGUACGAGGAUGUCUAAUGUAUCUAAGGCCAGUUCCCUACUCAUUCAAUAGUAAGUAAUCACCUUGUAAUUUUUGAAUAUUACUAUAUUCGAUUUUAGGAUUUUCUAUGUUUUUUGAGAGAACCAUUUCCCUUUUUGUUAUAUAUAUGUAUAUGUUCUGAUUGAAACACGUACUUAGUUACUUCUACUCGUUAUUUUUUGGGGUGACACCAAUAUAUGAUAAUAUACAUGUACGUUUAUUGCA